GAAAGCACCAAACAAAUCCAUCCGCUACUGCACCGCCCCGAAAGAGAGAGAAGGAAACACGCUUGGAGCGGCGCUAGCAUAAGUCGACUUCAUCUGUUUUGUGGUUUCUUACGUUCCCCACACGCAGGAGUCGUUUCAAAUUCUCAAUGAGCAGAACAACGUCCGUGGUGUCUCGACAAGCGCAGCCGCCUAAAGGGUCGAUGCUGGUGCGGUGCACUGCGAUGGGCUUGGUAAUUUUGCUGCUGCUUUGUCUUGUGCCUAAGUCGGCCACCUCCAUUGCAGAUGCUGUUGGAGAGCAACGGCGACCACCACAGCUGCCGACUGUAAAUGGGCGGUCGGGUAAGGAAUGGGAGAGUGGGUGGCAUGCUCCACGGUCAUGGGAGUUAAACGGGGCGCGUAGUGUCUCCGUCUCGGCCGCUCUACUAAAAGAACUGGCGGCAAUCGAGAGAGCGCCGAUCGAGGCUGGGGAGGAGGUUCUUGAAGUCACGUCCUCUACGGCGGCAUCCUCUACCAAGGCGUCCUCUACAGCGGCAUCCUCUACCAAGGCGUCCUCUACGGCGGCAUCCUCUACGGCAGCGUCCUCUACAGCGGCAUCCUCUACGAAGGCGUCCUCUACAGCGGCAUCCUCUACGAAGGCGUCCUCUACGGCGGCUUCCUCUACGAAGGCGUCCUCUACGGCGGCAUCCUCUACGGCAGCGUCCUCUACAGCGGCAUCCUCUACGAAGGCGUCUUCUUCCAAGACAUCUUCUUCCAAGACAUCUUCUUCCAAGGCGUCUUCUUCGAAGCCGUCUUCUUCAGCGGCGUCCUCUACAGAGGCAUCCACGACCACGACUACGACGACGAGCACGACCACGUCGACCACCACCACCGCGUCCCCGCCAGAUAACACGACGACGUCGUCCAAGUCGAAGUGGUGGAUUGCGCUAGUGGUCGUCCUGCCCGUCGCGGCACUGGCGGCCGUCGCCGUCGUGCUGUGGUGCCGCUGCACCGGCAAGGUGUGUUUCGCCGCCCCUGCGUCUCUCACCGACAGGGACACGGAACUGGCCAGCAACUACCCCACGUACUCCGGAGGGAAGGAGGCAUCAUCGUCAAAGCGAGACGGUUCUUCGCUUUCCAACGGUGCCGGCGCGACGCGGUGCCCCAACCCCCUCUCUCUCACCUCGCCGUUCGCCUCGGUGCGGGCGAUGCCGCUGGUGGCGGGAGAUCCGGCGCACGUUAACCGACGCAGCAACUGCCCUUAUCAGGUAAACGGUUUGGUGCCGUGGACGGGCCGUCCGCCGGUGCUGCGCGGCCCGCAGCCGAUGUGCGUCAUCCCAACCAUCGAGCGCGAUGGCACCAUCAUCCCUCGCGAGAAGCGGGUGUCGCCGGGACUCGGGCUCUACGAGACUCCAAAAAUAUUCCUCGAUCCCCAUCCUGCAUCGUCGUCGUCGCCGCCGCCGUCGUCAUACGGCUCGCGUGCCGCGCUCACCAAGCUGAGCAACCUCUUCAACAAGAAGGUGCGGCGCCGCAGCAGGUCGGCAUCCACGGCGGCAGCGCCAGAGCCCCGGCAGUGGUACCACCAGCUCAUCCACUUCACCCCACUGGAACACUCACCGGAUACUUCCCAGUCUGACGUGUCGGAAGCACAAACGGUGGUGAAAGAAGACGACACCGAGUUCACGAACGAUGCGGAUACCAUCGCGGCUCCUCGGGUUGGAUCCUCCGCCGCCGCCGCCCGCGUCGUCGCGGUGCCGCUGAACGUCCGCAAGUACAGCGAGAGCACCGCUGCCCCCAACGCCGAGGGCGGCGGGAACUGUGCCCCGCGCCCGCAGGAGAUGAAUAGGCCGGUGCUCUACCGUCUCCACCCGCCCACCGAGCCGGCAAACAGCCGCCGACAUAGCGCGGCCGCUGACUUUGGUGAAUACGGUGAAGCUGCCUUUGGUGAAUACGGUGAAGCUGCCUUUGGUGAAUACGGUGGAGCUGCCUGUGCCCUGCAUUAUUCGCAGUCCCGGCUGUCAGCGCAGGCGGCGUCUUCGUCUAGUAUAAGGGAGGCGGAAGUGCCGCCGCCUCUGGACGAUCCCGUAGGUCACAACUACUCGUGGAGGUCGGGAGAGAAUUCGGAUGACUGA